UCUCUCUCUCUCUUUCUCUCUCUCUCUCUCCCUUUCUCUCUCUGUUGUGCAUCGUCAGACUAUAUUUACAUCAUAUCAUGGCUUAGCCAACUAACUAACCCUCCUCUCUCGUCUGUUGUUAGCCCAUUUCCCACCAGUUCGCCUGAUCCCCCGCACUCCCUCCCGUUCAUUAAUUCUUCCGCCUAGCUGGAGAGUCAUCACGGCACAAUGCAGUCCGUACAAAGACAAUUCGGGAAAUUUAUGAAAAGAUCCGCCGAUGAAAGUCAGGUGGCCAUCAUUUUGAAGGAUUUCAAUGAAGUCGACCAUAUUCUGGAGAAGAUCAUCGAGGCGUUCAAGUCGUGGCGUGACGGAUGGUCUUCGCUUUUGACCCACCAAGAUCGAAUGUUUACCGAGUUCGAGACAUUAUAUGCGCCCAUCAUCGGUGCCGCGGAGGCUUCCUCCCAUACUCCCGUCCAAACCCCACCAGACACCUUGGCUCGUACGACAAGACUUCGAGCGGAAUAUGACGAGCUUAAAAAGGAUAUGCUGGAGGAGCUCGCGGCGGUGGAUGAUCGCAUCAUCAGGCCAGCGUCUGAAGCCAAAGAUUGCUUGACGCCAGUGAAGAAAAAUAUCAAGAAAAGGGAGGAUAAAAAGUUGGACUACGAACGCUACCAAAACCGUGUCGACAGCUACACUAAGAAGACAAAGCGAUCGGACCGUGACAAUGCCUCGUUAGCCAAGGCGGAGAUUGAUUUGACCAAGGCAACAGAGGAGUACCAUGCGGCAGACGACAAUCUGCGCCAAAACCUACCUCCGUUGAUUACCGCCGUGUUCUCGAUGCUCCCGCGCUUGCUAGCCUCCCAAAUCGAAAUCCAGAAUAAUCUGCUAGGCCACUAUUAUACGGUGAUAUACAGCUACUGCGAAGAGGAGAAUUUCUCUUCGGCCCCAAUCCAGAUGGACCAAGCCGUCACGCAAUGGGAGCAAGAACACCUCCACAUCCAGCAGGAAGUCGAGGCUCUUACCUGCAUCGCGAAUGGCAAAGCCGUCCGAGCAUCCCUGCAGCCUAGCGACGGCGGCCGAAACAGCAAUUCGCUGACCGGUCGUCUCACAAACGGUCGUCGUUUAUCCAGUAACCAGAGCACCGCCGCCGCCCCCCGCCGAGGGAGAACUCCAAGCCCGGCGCCGCCCUCCGCCCCAACCCCGUCGUACGACACCAAACCCCGUCUUGGCGACCACCAACCCAGCCCCAUCGCCGCUCCGUCGUCGACUUAUCUCGCGCCGCAACCAUCGGCGUCUUCCUCAAACGAACGGCCCGUGUCUCCUUCAUCAUCGGGAUCCCUGCUUACCCCUUCCAGCGCGCUCUCCAAUGCAGUUUCCCGAACCUCAGAUUACUUCAGUCGCACCCCCCACAGUGCCGCCGGAACAACAACAACAACAACAACAACAACAACAACAACAAAUGGUAUGGUCUCUCCCGGGUCCGGCGUUCGGAAUGGCCACUCCCCAGGAGGGAGCAACGGAUCGGUUUCUCCUGGCAUCUCCGCCAUGCUAGUGGGGAAGAAGAAACCCCCGCCCCCGCCCCCGCCGAAACCCCGUGGGUCGUCGUCCAAUAUGGCGCUCUACGUAACGGCCCUCUAUGACUUCGGCGGACAAAGCCAGGGGGACCUUGCCUUCCGGGAAGGGGACCGCAUCCGGGUGCUGAAGAAGACCGAUAGUACAGAUGACUGGUGGGAAGGGGAGCUUCGCGGUGUCAAGGGGAGCUUCCCGGCCAAUUAUGUGGAAUUGGUACAAUGAUCACCUUGGUUUCAUUUAUGCUGGCCAGGCUAUCUAUAUUCUUUUUUUUUUUUUU